AUGAAGUUCUCCACUGCUGCCGUUGCUUUUGCAUUCCUCUUCGCCGAUCUCGCGGCCGCGCGUCCUUCCCGCCUCCAGGAACGCAUUGCCUCGCGUGCUCGUAGCUCGCGUGCCCUUGUUCGCGCCGACCCAUCAAGAGUUUUGCAGGCAGGUGUAGUCCCAACCAACAACAGCCACGUUGAAUUCAGUUCCAACUGGUCUGGUGUCGUCCUCGAAAGCCCACCUUCUGGACAGACCUUCACGACCGUCACCGGAACCUUUGUCGUCCCCACACCCAGCGGCAAUGGCGCUGCCUCUGCCUGGGUUGGAAUUGACGGAGACACUGCCCAGAACUCCAUCCUCCAAUCCGGUGUUGACUUCACCGUCACCAACGGUCGCGUCUCUUACCAAGCUUGGUUUGAGUGGUUCCCCAACUUCGCGAUCGACUUCAACAACUUCCCCAUCUCUGCCGGCCAGACCAUCACGGUCAGCGUUCACUCCACAUCCAAGACUACUGGUACCGUUGUGAUGACCAACGUCUCCACCGGCAAGUCAAUCACCCAGUCCGUCAGCGCACCUUCUUCCUCGGCUGCCCUUGCCGGCCAGAACGCUGAGUGGAUCGUUGAGGACUUUGAGGAGGGAGGAUCUCUUGUGACCCUCACCAACUUCGGCACAGUCACCUUCACCGGUGCUUCUGCCUCAACCUCCUCCCAAUCCGUCGGUGUCACCGGAGGCACCAUCAUCGACAUGCAGCAGAACUCGAAAACUCUCACCAGCGUUUCCAUUGGCAGCAGCUCAUCCCUUUCCGUCACCCACUUGUAG